UAGGUGGACUUCUUUUUGAAGUAAGUGAGUGCGAGAAGACAGGAAGAUGUCCAACACGUCACGGACCGAUUACUGGUAGGUCUGUACCAAUUCAGGUUAACAAUCAAAUUAACACGCUAAAUAACGCUAAGGAUUCUAAUCUUGGAAUGCUCUUUUUUAAUCGUGGAAAUGAAAAUAAAAACCCUCUGACGAAAUUCACACCGAAAAAUUUGCUUCAGAAAUAUUUGCUGUUUAAUAAAAACGACGUUAAUAACUUUAUAGAAACACGUCUUCGUCGCAAAUUUGAUGAUGGCAAUUCCUCAAAAAAAGACAACUCAGGCAAAGGUCAACGCCCAACUAUGUUAGGACCAAGACCCGGACGUGGAUUCUGGCCAGCUACUCGAUUUAACGACGAUCUUAAUAUUUUAUUAAAUGAAAUAAAACCCAACCCUUGGAUCUUCAUUUCUUACCACGACAAAAAAACAUUUGACGCAAUCAACUCCAAAGUUUGAACAUGAUCACGAGCCAAAGGAUAAUUUACUUUUGAAGUAUUUGCUAGAAAAAGAGAUGAAUAAUUUAAUAGACAGCCAGGUUAAUUCACAAGAUCGUAAUCGCUAGUUAUUUUUCUUGAUAAAAAUAGUUAUAAAUAUUUCAAGAGCUACAAAAAUUUCAAAUAUUUUCUA